GCGCGCGGUGCAUUGUGGGCGAAUCCCGCCGCCCGCCGCGGCUCCUCCGAGGGGGAGACGAUGCGCCCGGGGCCGCCCCGCUACCGCAGCCGCAGCGCCCGCGGGCCGGCGGCACCGGGACCGGUGAAGCCGCGCUGACGGCGCGGGGCGUGCGCUGCCUACGCCGGCCGCAGCGGGAGGCGGCGGGGCCAGACAUGCUUUGAAUAACAAAUCCAGAAUUUCUAAAGCUGGUGCCCUUGCAUGCUUAUGAGAAGAAUAUGUCACAGAGGAGACUUUAAGCCACAACUGCUAGGAGUCGAGCCUGCUCUCUGAGCAGGAUUUGCAACAGCAGAGGCAGGCAAUGAAGGAAGAUGUGUGUCGACAAGGAACAAUUCAGAACCUUUCGAGCUCCUGCUGUCAGACCUACGCUAAUGUAUGACUUGUUUUAAAUUGCUGUUUCAAGUUCAGCAGGAGGCUUCCAGAGGUGAGGAUGUGUCCUGAAAUAAAGUGACAUAUUGCAAUUCCUCAACAGUGAGAUAAAGACACUUAGGACUAUCCAGGACCUUUAGUAAGAUGAUAAAUGGCUCAUUUAAAUUGGGAGCUACUAAAAUACUCUCUGGCUGGCAAAUGCAGUGCCUAGCAGCAGUCAUCAAGGACGAACCAAACAUGAGUGGAGGAGGGGAGCAGGUCGACAUCCUUCCGGCCAAUUAUGUGGUCAAAGAUCGCUGGAAAGUGUUGAAGAAGAUUGGUGGCGGUGGCUUUGGGGAGAUUUAUGAGGCGAUGGAUCUGCUGACCCGGGAGAAUGUGGCCUUGAAGGUGGAAUCAGCCCAGCAGCCCAAGCAAGUUCUCAAGAUGGAAGUGGCUGUCCUGAAGAAGCUGCAAGGGAAGGAUCAUGUUUGCAGAUUUAUUGGCUGUGGAAGGAAUGAAAAAUUUAAUUACGUGGUCAUGCAACUUCAGGGCCGAAAUCUUGCAGAUCUCAGAAGAAGUCAGCCUCGAGGGACUUUCACGCUGAGCACAACACUGCGAUUAGGCAAACAGAUUCUGGAGUCAAUAGAAGCCAUUCACUCCGUGGGAUUCCUGCAUCGUGACAUCAAGCCUUCCAAUUUUGCCAUGGGCCGCUUACCUUCAACGUACAGGAAAUGCUACAUGUUAGACUUCGGUCUGGCCCGUCAGUAUACCAACACCACUGGUGAAGUCAGGCCACCUCGCAACGUUGCUGGUUUUCGAGGAACAGUCCGUUAUGCUUCGGUGAACGCACACAAAAACCGAGAGAUGGGUAGACAUGAUGAUCUGUGGUCCCUCUUUUACAUGUUGGUGGAGUUUGCAGUUGGUCAGCUUCCAUGGCGAAAGAUCAAAGAUAAGGAACAAGUUGGCAUGAUAAAAGAAAAGUAUGAACACCGAAUGCUGCUAAAACACAUGCCUUCAGAGUUCCACCUGUUUCUGGAUCAUAUUGCAAGCCUGGACUACUUCACUAAGCCAGACUAUCAGCUAAUCAUGUCCGUGUUUGAGAACAGCAUGAAAGAAAGAGGCAUCACUGAAAAUGAAGCCUUUGACUGGGAGAAGGCUGGUACAGAUGUCUUAUUGUCCACUAGCACCUCUACUCCACCACAGCAAAACACCAGGCAAACCGCAGCCAUGUUUGGGGUGGUUAAUGUCACUCCAGUACCUGGGGAUUUGCUUCGUGAGAACACUGAGGAUGUCCUACAGGGUGAACAUCUGAGUGAUCAAGAGAAUGCUCCUCCCAUCCUGUCAGGCCGGCCAGCAGAAGGUCUCGGCCAGACACCAAACACCGCUUUCAAUGAGGCUGAAGUUUGGGAAGAGACAGAUGUGAAUCGCAACAAACUCAGGAUCAGCAUCAGCAAAACUCAGUGCAUGGUGGAAGAGGAGCAGAGAAAUGGUGUCUGCCCCAGCUCUCCUGUCCGAGUGCCUCCGGAGUCCCCUACUGCGCAAGCGCGCUCCCUAAGAUACCGCCGUGUGAACAGCCCCGAGUCAGAACGCCUCUCCACUGCUGAUGGCAAAGCAGAUAUACAUGAAAGAAGGUCUCGAAUGGAUUUACCUGGCUCUCCAUCACGGCUUGUGUGCUCCUCCCAGCCAGCCCAGAUGCUGUCCAUUGACACUGGCCAAGCUGACCGGCAGGCAAGUGGUAGGAUGGAUGUGUCUGCUUCAGUGGAACACGAAGCCCUUAGCAAUGCCUUCCGCUCAGUGCCACUUGCAGAGGAGGAGGACUUCGAUAGCAAGGAGUGGGUUAUCAUUGAUAAGGAGACAGAGCUGAAGGACUUUCACCCAGGUGCUGAGCCAAGCACCUCUGGAACCACGGAUGAGGAGCCCGAGGAGCUAAGACCUAUUGAAGAUGGUGAGGAGAGGAGGCGCUUGGGGGCAGAUGCUGCAGUCAGGCCGAAGACGCAUGAUGGGCGAAGUCGGGGUAUGCAGCCUGUGACUGAGGAGGACAGUUCCCACAGACAUGAAGGACCUUCUCAAACAGUGUCUGACAGUAAACACGAACAGCAGGCAGGAAGUCCAGCCCACUCCCCCCUACACUCAGCACCAGCGAUCCGACAAAGGAGACGAGAAUCUGAACCUACUGGUCCUCAGAGACAGGCAUAUACACUGAAGUCAUUUGAAAUGAAUGGUCUGCCCAAGGCGGUGCCUUUAAGUUUGCCUUAUCAAGACUUCAGAAAAGAUGUGUCAGACUACUGGGAGAAGCCUAAAGUAUCCCAGCGGAUAAAGAGAGUUGAUUUCUCAAAUGUUGUCUUGACUGCUCCUUGCAAACCCCUGGAACCUUAUCUGGAAAUGAAUGGAAAAGAGGAGGAGGAAGAAGAUGAGGAAGAAGACGAGGAGGAAGAAGAAGAUGAGGAGGAAGCAGAGGAGGAAGGGGAUGAGAUUGACAUGCAUAGUGGUUCCAGCAGUGACCUGAGUCAAAAAAGCACAGAGCGCAGCCAGGAGUGUGCACCAUCCACACUCCUGGCCGAUGACCAGAAGGGAUCCAAGGGUCGGGCUUCCACGGCUGAUGGGGACCUGGAACUGGAGGAAGGCUCGAAAACACUAGUGCUGUUUUCACCAGGUGAUCUGAAAAAGUCCCCGGUGACCACAGACUUGGCUCCAGAAGUUGAUCUGGGGACUCUUGCUGCACUGACACCUCAGAGCGAGCGGCCGCAGCCGAUGGGUAGCCAACUAGAUGUAUCUGAGCCAGGGACCCUGUCCUCAGUCCUUAAAUCUGAACCAAAGCCUCCCGUGGCAGUGGCUACAGCUUCUUCCCCAUUUACCAAAGUUGAGCGCACAUUUGUUCAUAUAGCUGAAAAGACCCACUUAAAUGUCAUGUCUUCCAGCGGCCAGCUGAUGAGGCAUGAGGAGUACUGCCCUCCAGGCCAGUUUGAAGAGGUGAUUAUUGAAGAGGAGCUGGAAGAUAACCUGGUGCUGGUAGAGAAUGGAAGCAUCCAUUCGGGGCUAGAAGGGGCAGAGACAGAGAGCUGUGCACUUUCGGCUAAUCACAUUGAAAUCACCUCGGAGACGGUGGGAGAGCAGCUGGCCAUUCCCAAUGGCGUAGCAAAGCCUCCUGAGGACAAGCCAGAGUCCUCAGACAAAGUAGCGCUCUCGCUGGAUUUGGAAGAGCCUGCUAAGGUUGUCACAAAGGAGCCUGACCUUGAGAAGUCAGCAUCAGUAACAGAACACCUUAAGCCAGCAGAGAUCCUCCUGGACACACCACAGCAGGGUCCCAGGAGGCCUCUGGGCUCUAGAUAUAGAAGUCGGAUACCCAUUUUGUUCUCCGAGGAGGACACCGGCUCAGAUCUUUCAACUUCACUCUCAGCCAAAGAGAGGCUUUAUAAGAGGGCAAAGCAACCUGACUUGGCUCGUCUCGUGAUGGAGAAGAGGCAAAACCGCCUCCUUAGGCUGGCCUCAGGGGCGUCCUCCUCAGCAUCCUCCAGCGAUGAGAGGCGGCGGGCCUCAGAAACCCUGUCAGCCACCGGUUCUGAGGAGGACACCCAUGACUCUGAUGACUCCAUCCCACGAAAGGCAGGGAAGGAGAAGGCUGGCCUCCUGGGGAAAGAAGAGAAACUCAUAAGCACAAAGAGCAGAAUUCCUCGGCCCAUCACGCCAGUGAAAACACCGCUAGAGGCAAUGAAGUCUGAGAGCUCCACAGCCAUGGCAAUGGCAGUGCUGUGUAGCUCCCCACAGGAUGCAGCUGUUGCCCACAGGCUUCAGGCACAGAGACCAGCUGGAAAUGUCCCAAACGAUUGCCGAACAACACAGACACAAAGUCGGCUGCCUCCUUCACCAAGUUCCACUUCUCUUCCUCCACGGAGCAGCUCACGGAGGUCCAGUUGUGCAUCCCCUCGGAGCCCUGUUCUUCCUUCAAAAAACCCCAGUGCUUCCCCCAGAAGCCAGUUGCUGCCUCGGAAGGAAAGUCCUUCUCCCUGCCGGCAGCAUAAGCCAGGGACUGCUCUUCAGCGAGUUCCACCUUCCCCCCGACCUCAGCCCCAAGCUCAGGCCCUGGGGCCAACAGGAGACUCCCUGCCCUCUCCUGGUGUGGCCAAAAAACGUCAAAGAGGAAAAACCCAGACUCAGAGUCCAGCAACCAAAGGAAAGCAGGUGUCCCCGGAAAGUAAGGCAGCUGCCAGAUAAUGAUCUUCUGCCAACCCGACAGACUGGGUAACUUCUGCAUAUAGUAUACACUUGAGAUGCUGCAGCACAGCCUUCCAUGCCGGAACCACGAGUGUAUAGCAGUAGCUGUACUUCAAUGCUUCACUCACUCUCCCCCCACACCGUCGCAAUCAGCUCCCACGGGCCUGAGAGCCUCUGAGCCACGGAGCCUUCUUCGAGGGAAACAUCCAGUCCGCAGCUCACGCUUGCUAAUAUACAGCACCAAGCAGCGACCCAGGCAGCCUGCCUAGUGCCUGACCCUCCCCUCUCCCUAGGCAUUCCCCUCUCUCUGUUAGCAAUACCAGUCGCCAAUACCGACCCUGGCUUCGGAAAGAGGAGCAGAGGUGAUGAGAGCAAGGCCUGCUGGGGAGGAAGGCUCCUGUCCUGCAAGCAGCUCCCUCCUCUCUCUUUGCUGGAGAACACCAGCCUUGGCUGCCAGCACCUGAGUGUUGGCUCACCUCCUGCCACCCGUGUAAGCAAAGGAUUGUCACCAGCUCAGCCAAGGGUGAUGGAUGUGUCGUUGUGAGCUGAGAGGAGAGGAGCAGGAGAGGGGUGGAGGGGGUUUUCCUCUCCUUUCCAGAGGUGCCUCUGCAGGCAGGAGGGGGAGACAGGCAGGUCUUGCUGGAUCCUCCUACCUGCUCCAGUAUGUCCCACAGAGGAGGCAGUCUGUUUCUGCAGAUGCCUGUGUGGCAGGUAUUUAGGUGGAAGUAGGGAUGUAUUGGCAGCUUGCUGGGAAAUCAAGAGCGCUUGCUAAUUGAUGUGGAAGAGAGCACACUGCAGCUGCUUCUGUCUCAAAUACCGAACUGUGACCUGCGGAGACCACAUCUCCCAACACGGGUGGUUCCUCUCAACCGAAGUGUGGCUGGUGCUGCAGUUCUGUAGUCCACCAGACACAGCUCCAUCCUGAAGAUGUGAAUAGUCACUGGAUGCCUUCAGCUCGGGUGCCCUCUGCACCUAAAUUCCUUGUGCUUUAUUGUUCACGCUCUUGGUGUUUGUGAAUUUUGGCACUGUGGUUGAAAGUUCCCCUACACAGCAGGGUGGGAAAUAAUUAUCUUGUAGUAUAUUCAAAAGCUGCUGCUUUGCAAGGAGAGGUUUGCUGGUACACCGUGGGUAUCUCGUGCAUUUCUAAGGGGGAGAUCGGGUUUAUGUCUUUCUCUUUCUCGGUGCUCAGCUCUUCCACAUGUUGCAUUAGAACUAACAAUGUGAAUACAAAAGCAAGGGCUGUGCUCUUCAAAUAAUGUUAUCAGAGCAGAAGCUUAGCUCUCACUUAGAAUUAUGCACCAACUUUUUAGCCCCCCAACUAAUUAGGAAGGUUUGAAAAUUCGAGCCAGGAGGAUUGCUACCUGUCUGAGCCUGAUGAGAUCUUGAAGUAGUCACAAAAUUUUCCCCUCGCCGCACAGGGGGAAACACUCCAGACCCAAAUACUUUGGGCUUCACUCCGUUGUCAUGCCUAAAAGAGGUUUUGCAUGAGGCAGAACAAAAAUGCGGAUGUUCUGCCCACCCAUUCCUGCAGCUGCAACUAGCAGCGUCAGUAAAUAUUUGCAGACAAAAAAGCUUGAUGGAGGAAUCUGGAUGGCACUAACCUUGAUUCAUUGAACACGUAUACAAACAGCCACAUUCAUGGCCAUCAAGUCCAAGGAAUCCUGAAGUUGUUCACAUCUACAGGAACUGCUCUGGAAAGCGUGGAGCAUGAGAGCUGUCAUGGGGUGGCUGGGAGAACAGGGCACUCCUUGAACAUCUGAAGAGGGAAAUGCCUAGAAAUAGGUGAUGGGAAUUACCUCUUUACACAACAGUUUCAGUGUUGGCAACACUAGGAAUUUAUUUUAUACAGCUCAAAAUGUUCGUUGGUCUCCUUAAAAGUUGUUCGCCCUUAUAGAGUAAGAAGCAUAGCUUCUAGUCUAAAAACACAUCCCAGCUCUCAUCUCUGAAGAGAAGCAUUGGGAACUCCACACCCAGAUUUUGGUUUGAUGGACAGAGCUAUCUUUGCCACCAACGGCAGAGGUCCCUCCAAGUUCCAGCUGCUUUUUGCACUGUCCCACCUGAUGCUGGGGCAGCUCUUUGGUGAAAUGGCUGGAAACACGGAUCCAGUGGGACAACAAGCACUCUGGUUUGCUGGUUUAGUUUUCACCUGUUCAUCAGUCAGGUUCAGCCUUUGGUCACACAAACACUUCUGCCAGAAGUGGAGGAAGGAGAGGACAGAGAGUGCAUCCACUUCUUCUGGGGGCACGAUGACUUCAUGUGAGUUUGAGGUGUUGGUCCAACUACGGCCUAAAUAUGCCUCACGUGUUUUGAAACCAGAAAACAGAAUAAACCCAAACAUACAGAUUCUUUCUGGAAAUACAAAUGGUAAUGACACUCCUAUUGCUUUGUCAAGAGACCAUUCAUUCUGGAGUGUUUAGAUGGUAAGACUUUGUCAGCAAAGCCAUUACCAGAUGCUUCAUCCAGGUCUUACACACACAUGCCAAAAAUUCAUUGAAAGAGCUUGAAAAGAGUGCUAUAGGACUAUUUAUAGGAUUAGCAAACCUGCCUUAUCAUGGGAGGCCAAUGAAGCACAAUCAUUGUAUUUGUUCAAGAGAAAGUUUAAAUUAGAGUUGUCCAUGGCCCAGCUAUACCCAUGUCAGGGAGGAAGCUCCAGGGCAGAAAUCUAUCUAGCACAUGAAAGCAGGAAAGACUGAGUAGCUGAGAAUGGCAGGUGAAGAAACUGGGUAAGCUUUUAGUUGUGAAUUGACUAUCCAGCGAAAUCUUUCACAGGAAUGUGGUGACUUUUUAUUAUUAAAAGGUUUUCUGAGAAACCUACGUGUCUUCUAAGAGGUCUUCCUGCCAUGACCCAACUGCGAGUAGUAGGCAGGAUGCUGGUGACAGCUCCCUGGAAUGGUACAGUCAUUUCCCCAUCAUGCAAGACACAUGCCACAUGUUGGAGAGCCACCAGAGAGGUCCCACAGGUUUCAGAAAGUCAGUGAAAGAUUUCCAGCACAGAAGAUAACAGCCUUUCCUCGUGCUGUUUAACAGGGCUGGGCUGAUGGUGCAGCUCGAUCCAGAGAGAUCUGGGAGCACCAGCACGUGCUCCAGGAUUUGGUGGCUUGCUGGUUUGGGUUAACCCCGCAGGGUUAAGAAUUCAUUCACUACUUCCCAUCAGCAGGCAGAUGUUCAGCCAUCUCCAGGAAAGCAGGGUCCAUCACAUGGAAUAGUUUCUUGGGAAGAUAAAUGCCAUAGCUCUGGUCUUCCCCUCCUCUUCCUUAUUUCCUCCCCAGUUUUAUCGUUCAGCAUGACGCCAUACAGUGUGGAAUAUCCCUUUGGUUGCUCUGGGCCAGCUGCCCUGGUUCUGUCCCCUCCCAGCUCCUGGGGCACCCCCAGCCUCCUCGCUGGCAGGGCAGCCUUCAUUGGUAGCACUGCUCUGCAACAACUAAAACAUCGGUGUGUUACCAACACUGUUUUCAUCACAAAUCCAAAAGAUAGCACAGUAUGAGCCUCUGUGAAGAGAAAUAACUCUAUCCCAGCCAAAACCAGAACGCUUGCUCCCUGUUCCAGUGUCAGCAGAGAUGCUCAGGAAAGCCUCUGCCAUGCAGAAGCUGCUCUGGAUCUCUUCACUUUGAUGUCCAAAGUUCUGCCCUUCAAAGGUGAGCGUGGUCCCAGUGGCCAAACACAGCAGAUAUGUUUGGAGGGAACUCAGCUUUUUGUGUUAGGGAAAAGUUAGCUGGCUGAGGGGGAAAGCAGACAAUCCAGCCUCUCUCUAGCCCUGAAGGACAAGGUGCCCUGUUACAUCCCCAAAAGGCAGAAAAGGCAUGGCCCUGCUGUUCCCUGCCAUGGAACAUGGUGCAUGGGCUCUGCCAAGCCUCAACGACACGUAGGGCUGCUCAAACACCACUGGUAGUGUGCAGCAAUUAAAGCAAAGAAGAUCCAGCUGACCAGACCAGAGGAAAUCUCUAGGAAAAGUAAAUAAAUGUGCUUGGAGUUGGGGGAGGAGAAGCAGACUUCCCAACACUUUUCCACAUUUGUGGGGAUUUCUGGAAGCAGCCUGACACCAUGUGGUUCCCUGUUGGUGUGUUUGCUGCAGGGUCUGUCCUGGCCAGCUGCACAUGGCUGUGAGUUUUGAGGGGACUCCUGGAACAGCUCGCCACCGUGCUUGUGCCUGCGUGUGCAUGUGUGUGGGUGGCAGGGAUGGUUUGGAUUUGCUCAGGAGUAUGCCCAGAGUUGAGCUUUGUGGGGUUUUGUGCGUGCUGGGAACAAAAGUGUCUUUGAGUCUACCUGGUAUUGAGAGAUGCAGCAAACACUCUGCUGAGAGUUUUCGCUUUGCUGGGGUCUGCUGGGGUCCCGCCUGCUUUCUUGUGUGCCAGCUGAGAAGAUGGGAUGCAGGCUGCUAAAAAUGAGUCAAUGGCUGCUGUCUGUCCAGGAGACGUUUACAGAGAAACUGGGGUAUGGGAGAGUGUGCUAAGUGGUGGAUCUGAAAGACCGUUCUCAGCACUACAGCAGCAUGAUGACAGGUUAUAUGGGCAGAGGGAGCAAAAAGACUGAUGGUGCCCAUCAGUCUAAUGCUGUGGAAGGGUGUAAACACGUGCUGGAGACACUAAACUGAAUUUGGUUGGCAGCACAUACACUUCUGCUUGUCUUGGUGCAAAAGGUGUUUCGGUCACAGGCAUCUCUGAGUCAUGCUUGGAAGUUGUGAGAGGCAGGACACUUUGCUUGCCCUUUCUAAGUAGAGAGUAUUAUAAUAUAUAUAUAAAUAUAUAUAAAAUUAUAACGAUAUAAUAUAAGUAGUGUCCAUUAUAUAUAGUGGCUAAAGGUUGAAAAGGAUCCUGGUACCCCCAAAGAAGUGCCCUGGUGCUACAUGACUUCCAGGGUGUGCAGGACUGUGCGCUGCAUGCGGUGACAUGGGUGGCGACACAGGGUACCCCUCUGAGCGAGUGAUGCUCCAUGAACCAGGGGCCAAAACACACCGCCUUGUAUGGUGGGCAGCCCUCAUGCCUGCCAUCGGAGUUGUAAUAACCAGUGGACAGCCACACACCUCUGUGUGGCGCGGAUCUGGGUCUGGAGACUGCUUGGGUGGUGGCCCUUCGCUAACACAAGUAUGGUGUUGUGUGCUAAUGGCAUGCUUCGAUCCAAAGCAAGUUGUGUUGUGGCAAGGAUAUCUUUGAUGUUUCUCCUUUCCAACACAGAGGUAUUUUCUCAGUGUAGAUCCUCUGUCAGAAGAUGGCUAAACAUCUCCUUACAGCCUGACCAGCUCCAGCAGUAGCUCGAUGGUCCCUUAGCACACCUCUUCCUUCCCUGUAUAGUUUACUGCCCCAUGGCAUGAUCCCACCACUACUCCAUGUGCACAGACAAUGAUGCCCACCUGAGGCCUUGCUCCACACUUCAAUAAACUGCAGUUAAAUUAAUCCUGUGAACACAGUACCAGUCCCUUUGUGGACCUGACGAGUUUGGUUUCGAACAAGCUUCUUCUGGCUUAACUGGCCCGUGCUCCAUCUGCUGGUUUCACAAAGCACACAGGGACCAGCUGGGCAUCUGCCACCACCUGUAAUUCCAUCCAUUUACCAGCUGCUCCAAGGUUCUUUCCUCUUGUUUUAUGUGCCAGUAUCACUGAGAGCAGGGUGGGAGCCCACGGACUCCCUGCUUGCUGGCCCCCAAGGUCUUCUGCAGAACCCUAAAUGAUUUUGUUGCUCUUCCUCAGCCUCUUGCUGAUCUCUGAAGGGCUGAGACCGUGCUGAUGGUAACAGCAGAGCCAGCUGACAUUAAGACAGCAGGAAGGGAGCUACCACAGCAAAUCCAUGGGUAGGUUCCUGGUAGGGACCGAGGUGUGAGCACCUCCUCUUACAGCAGAGCAGGCUGCAGAGGUGAGAUCUUCACGCUGGUGAGGGGACUGCUGUGCUGCCAUCAGCAUGGCCUUGCCAGCACCUGCUCUGCCUCUGGCUUGCCUUGCAUUGCCGCUGCCCUGGGUGCAGAGAGACCUGGCACGGGGUCGCUGAGGGAGGCAGGGGCUGCUGUCUACAUGGCACUCGGGUAAAUGGCUGCUGGGGUGCCAAGGCAGAGGUUCUCGGGCUGGCAUCUGCAGGUGGUGUGAAGAGCUCUGCAGAACAUGGGGGCUAGGCGAGGCGUCCACGUGUAAAACCAGUCCGUGUGUGAAAACCAGUGUCAGUGACACUGCUGUCGUGUGGGACCUGGGCCGCUUCUUCUCCAGAUGGGAAUUGGAGCUGGAAAUGCAGAUAAUUUUGUAUAUCUCCUUUUAACACAUUACCCUGGGACUCUACACUCAGACAUCAUAGCUGGCGCACCGAUGUUGUUUUCCUUCACCUCUUGACACAGUCCAACAAAGUCUUUUGGCCUGCAGACAGGACUCUUGCUCCUUGGUACUGUCUGGGAAUGCGACUGGGUCCCAAGGCUAAAUCUCUCUACAUAUCUCCUUUGCAUUCAUUAGGAAAGCAGCUCAAGAAUGUUUACACACUGCAAACAGAAUGUACAACUCCGACCAGGAACCACAAUCCGGUUCAACUGCAUGGCAAAUUUCUUGGCCAUAAGAUCUGGCAUGCAUCACAGAGGCCCUGUCUGUGUACAGAUCCACCCGGCAUUUGUCAUAACUUCAGAUCACGUCUUAAAAAAAAAAAAAUAAACGAUGAUGCCAUUUCUUGUUCAUACCAGACACAGUUGUCAUUAGAUUUGUUAUUAAAAGGGGGUUUCUUGAUCAUGCCAUUAAAAGCCUGUCUACCUUUU